GCCCGCGGCUCGGGGAGGGAGGCGGGGCUACCGCGCGCGGCGGCGGCGGCGGCGGCGGCGGCGGUGGAGGUGGAGGAGCAGCUCGCCAGCCUGCAGCUCGCGAGCGCCGAGCGAGCCGCCCGAAGGGUAGAUUUACCAGGCUGUUUCUGAGUGUGGAUUGUUACCCUUGGUAAGAAAAUGUCGUCCAUCUUGCCAUUCACUCCGCCAGUGGUGAAGAGACUUCUGGGAUGGAAAAAAUCAGCCGGUGGGUCUGGAGGAGCAGGUGGUGGAGAACAGAAUGGACAGGAAGAAAAGUGGUGUGAAAAAGCAGUGAAAAGUCUGGUGAAAAAGCUAAAGAAAACAGGACGAUUAGAUGAGCUUGAGAAAGCCAUCACCACUCAGAAUUGCAAUACUAAGUGUGUCACCAUACCGAGCACUUGCUCUGAAAUUUGGGGACUGAGUACAGCAAAUACGGUAGAUCAGUGGGACACAACAGGCCUUUACAGCUUCUCUGAACAAACCAGGUCUCUUGAUGGCCGUCUUCAGGUUUCACAUCGGAAAGGGUUGCCACAUGUUAUAUAUUGCCGGCUAUGGCGCUGGCCCGACCUUCACAGUCAUCAUGAGCUCAAGGCAAUCGAAAACUGCGAAUAUGCUUUUAAUCUGAAAAAAGAUGAAGUAUGUGUAAAUCCUUACCACUACCAGAGAGUUGAGACACCAGUCUUGCCUCCAGUCUUAGUGCCUCGGCACACAGAGAUUCUAACAGAACUGCCGCCUCUGGAUGACUACACCCACUCCAUUCCAGAAAACACAAAUUUCCCAGCAGGAAUUGAGCCACAGAGUAAUUACAUCCCAGAAACACCACCACCUGGAUACAUCAGUGAGGAUGGAGAAACAAGUGACCAACAGUUGAACCAAAGUAUGGACACAGGCUCUCCAGCCGAACUGUCUCCUACUACUCUCUCUCCCGUUAAUCACAGCUUGGAUUUACAGCCAGUUACUUACUCGGAACCUGCUUUCUGGUGUUCAAUCGCAUACUAUGAACUAAACCAGAGGGUUGGCGAGACCUUCCAUGCAUCACAGCCCUCGCUCACUGUAGAUGGCUUCACGGACCCAUCAAACUCGGAGAGGUUCUGCUUAGGCUUGCUCUCCAAUGUUAACCGAAACGCCACCGUAGAGAUGACAAGGAGGCAUAUAGGAAGGGGCGUGCGCUUGUAUUACAUAGGUGGGGAAGUGUUUGCCGAGUGCCUAAGUGACAGUGCCAUCUUUGUGCAGAGCCCCAACUGUAACCAGAGAUACGGCUGGCACCCUGCAACAGUGUGUAAGAUCCCACCAGGCUGUAACCUGAAGAUCUUCAACAACCAAGAGUUUGCUGCUCUUCUGGCUCAGUCUGUUAACCAGGGUUUUGAAGCCGUUUAUCAGCUAACCCGAAUGUGCACCAUAAGAAUGAGCUUCGUGAAGGGCUGGGGAGCAGAGUACCGGAGGCAGACAGUAACAAGUACCCCUUGCUGGAUUGAACUGCAUCUGAAUGGCCCUCUGCAGUGGUUGGACAAAGUAUUAACUCAGAUGGGAUCCCCUUCAGUGCGAUGCUCAAGCAUGUCGUAAAGUCCAUCACCGCUAAGCUCAUCAGAGACUUGAUGUGACAACUCUCCGUCGUAGUAUUCAUGUAUGAUCCCGUGGACUGUUUGCUAUCCAAAAAUUCCAGAGCGAAAACAGCACUUGAGAUCUCAUCAGUUAAAGCACCUUGUGGAAUCUGUUUCCUAUAUUUGAAUAUUAGAUGGGAAAAUUAGUGUCUAGAAAUGCCCUCCCCAGAGGGGAAAAAGAAGACUUAAAGACUUAAUGACGUCUUGUUGGGCAUAAGACAGCGUCCCAAAGGUUAUUAAUAACAGUAGUAGUUGUGUACAGGUAAUGUGUCCAGACCCAGUAUUGCAGUACUCUGCUGUUUGUAUACAUUCUUAGUUUGCAUAAAUGAGGUGUGUGUGCUGCUUCUUGGUCUAGGCAAGCCUUUAUAAGAUGACAGUACCUAAUCUGUUCCUCCCACUUCUCCGUUAUUUUUGUGUCUUUUUUAAUAUAUAAUAUAUAUAUAUAUCAAGAUUUUCAAAUUAUCAUUUAGAAGCAGAUUUUCCUUGUAGAAACUAAUUUUUCUGCCUUUUACCAAAAAUAAACAAACUCUUGGGGGAAGACAAGUGGAUUAACUUGGAAGUCCUUACUGUGUCCAGUGGAUCUUAGCAGUCAUUCUUUUUGUGACCACUUUCUGCUGAGUUGCAUUAGAAGGAAACCUUACUGGGACCUUGGAGGCUCUUCAUCCCAUUUCUGUUCUGAUGAGAGCAGUACAGUAUCAUGUCAUUGCAGUAAAUAGUUACACUGAUGACUUCUGGGUUAGUUAAUUCCAGUAAAGGUUUAUGUGGGCAGUAAGUCCUUUUGUCUAAUAACCAGACUUCAGCAGAUGAGAACUGAUGUGUAUAACCAGUUGUUCUGUUGAUUAACUUUUGUCUCGAACAUGCACAGGUGGCAGUAUAUUAUUUUCAGGGCUAUUCUAGAAUCAUCUCAGUAUGUUUCCUCCUCCAAAGCCGGUCUAACAAUAAAGUACCUUUCUGUAAAGGCAGCCGACCUUUGGCCUCGUUUCACUCACUGCCAGGUUGUGUUACAGAGCAGACCCUUUUGUAAAUGUGUUAGAGUGACGCUGAGGUGUCGUCCGUCAGCUGAUAGGGCCAUCUGUUUUUAAAGUGCAUUGUAUGUAAUUUAUAAAUAGAAUGUUAUUUUACCUAGUUUCAAAAUUUUAAAUAUUGUGAGCUAAGCCGUUUAGCAAGAUUUCUAGCCCGCAGUUAGCUGUGGACGUAGGUCUUCUUGACUAAUCCUGGGUGUAUGGUUUACUGACCUUUCUGCUCUGCAAGGAGAUCCCAGCUGUUCUGUUGGUCCUCCGUUCUGCAGCACACAACAAUCAUGUCCAGUGUUGACUCCUUUCUUGUCUGCUACUCCCUACAAACACCUGGCCUCCUUUUUGUAAACUUUCAUAUUUUUGCAGACAAACACCUUUGGUACUUAACUCUUUGAGACCAUAUUCAUGUGUGUACAGAAAUCAUUUUUGAUGCUUUUCAGCAUUUGCUUGUUUUCUAUUGGAUAUUUCUCAUUUUCCUAUAUUUGUGUGUGUGUGUGUGUGUUAUGUGUUCAUGUAAAUUUGGUAUAGUAAUUUUUUAUUCAGAUAUUUAUUGUUCACCUAUUAAUGUGCCAUGAACUUCCUUAACUUUGGGUGAAAGUGAGCACAGUAGCUGUAGCUCCCGCCUUUGCUAAGAUGGCAGUUGGUUUAACGCUAGCACGCUCCAGUGUCUGCAUAGGAGGUAGACGGUGUGUCUAGUGAACGAACGGCAGAGAGGAUGCUUUUGGUAGGACAUCUGGAGAGUGAUGUGUGAGCUAACACCUGACCUAGGAAGAGAAAGCCAUGUGAGGAGCGAAGGGCAAUGUAACACUGCUGGGACAGCAUCACACCCAAAGGCUCAGGCUCACAGAGAUUCACUGUCAGGUAUCGUAAUUGUGCACACCCCUGCACACACCCACAGGUGGCAGUGACAAUGGUAGGAUCUGUUGAAGGUGGGACUGCUUUGUGACAGGCUGCUUCUGUCAUGUCUCUGUGAUCUAUUCCUCAGACCUUGUACAGCUUUCUUACACCAGGUCAGUGCCACUUAAUGUUACAGCUCCUGUUAGGUUAAUGCUCACCAAUCUGGGGACUCACUGCUGCAUACUGCUUAUCAUUGCUAUUUUGAGAUGGAAGGUAAGAAUUUACUCCUUGUUUCUGACUUGAAGUAAUUUUCAAAUAACCAAAUAUGCAAUAUAAAAACAGAUACAAGCCGGGCGGUGGUGGCGCACGCCUUUAAUCCCAGCACUUGAGAGGCAGAGGCAGGCGGAUUUCUGAGUUCGAGGCCAGCCUGGUCUACAGAGUUAAGUUCCAGGACAGCCAGGGCUACACAGAGAAACCCUGUCUCAGAAACAAACAAACAAACAAACAAAAAGAACAGAUACAAAGCUUUAAAGUAAUGGAAAACACUGAUUAGUCUACUUCCAAACCUGCUGUUACCCUUCUCUGUGGCUUUAAGGUUCCUGGCUGAUUACAGUGUUAAACACUAAUUAACUUUAUGUUCCUAAGGCUGUAUUAAGUUGUGCCCUUCACAGUGUUGUGUCAUAGGGUUGGCUUUGGGAAGCAUUUGUCUGUGGGGAUGGAAGUCUGUCUUCCUGAAGAGAGUCCCUAAGAAAGUGGCCGGCCACCAUCAGUGUUGACAUUGGUGAACUGCUCCAGCUGAGAAGAAACAUGCCCUGAGGGGCCAGUGCCUAGCUGGUGCACACCUGUCCUUGCUCCACAAGUGUAGUGGAUUAUUGGUUUGAGAGUUAGUUUACAGAGAUUGGUUUAAAUCACGAGAAUAGUUUGCCAACCUCUGGCCUCUGAACUUAACCACACCGUGUGCGUACAUACCGAUCCAGACUAUUUCUUGGUAAAAUGCAGAACUCAGGUUGGGCACACAUUAGACCAGCUUUACAUUCGACUUCAUUUACACUUUUAUUGACCCUAACAUAAGGCAUAAGUAUUUGACUUUCUUUGUCGGUGGUAGUGAUCUGUAACACUCAGCACUUCAUAGGUGGGCUAACCAAGAAAAUCCACAGUGAUUGGCUAAGGCUGCAGCUUCAUUGGAAGCCAAGUCAGAAAGCAUCAGAGAGUGCCUCCUGCCUCAAGGUUGACCGUCCUGGGAACUCGGUACACAGUAGUGUGGCUCUGGACCUUUGCAGGUACCUUCAAGCUUGGCUGGCUUCACGUAUGAAAUAAGAAUGUGUGAUAGUUGGGAUACAUGAAACUAGAUACUCAUUUAGCUCAGAAACUCUCAACACAUGGUAAGAUGCUAUGCAAAAUGGAACAGGAGACUUGGAAAGUCUUGUCUGAAAGUGGGUUUCAAGAGUGAAGUCUGAUCUACUCCCACUCAGUGUACGUGGUCUAAGUUAACUGACCGUAAGGUAUUUCCGGGCUUCCAGCUGCUUAGCCAGUUUGGAGGAAGUAGCCUUUAGCAAGAAAGCUCAAAGUCCAAUGUCUUUAAGGAGCCUUAUGUCCUCGGAAAUUCUUUUCUCUGCACAUAUUAAGGGAAGGUGACUAGUCCCAGCCAUGCCUGGGACAAAUGUUCCAAAUGUGCACCGCUAAGUGCCAACCAAAGUGAGUCCUAGGGGUCCUGGGAAAAGUUGUCCGCUUAGGUGUCCUCAGGACUUAUACUAAUGUCAUCCUAGCUGAUAACUGUUGGGUUAGCCCAUGGCUGUCAACAUUUUUAGGACUCACCUAUGUGUUCUGUAAUCACUCAUUACUAUGGAUACAACCUAAGAUUUACAAUAAAUAACACAGGGAGCAAUGGAGUUGAGUAUGGAAUGAAAAGAGGCAACAAGAUUGGGAUGACCUGUGUAGGUGUGAGUACACUUUGUGUCCUUAGGAGUUCUUGUAACAGAAACAGUGUGAAACUAUAGAUGUCUUCUCUUAUAAGGGAAAGCAAACAUGGUCUUUGCUGAAAAAUUUCCCAGUCUGUCUGCCCUGCUCAAGAAGCCAGAAUGUGUUACUGUGUUUCUUUUUGGUGGAUGCUGUCUUAAAAUGACUUAGCUGUGUCAUCCAGAAGCAGGUAAAGGAAUCAGUGUCCCCAUAGAGCCGGAACCCUCUGCUCUCAAGUCUUUCUGGCCUCCUCACUCUCAAGGUGCUUACCAGCUAGGCAGAGCUCAGGAGCCAAGGGGUGUUCUAAGACACCAUGGACUUCAUGAUGCUGCUUGGCAGACAUAAAGCCCGGUCCUGCUCGCUGGUAGUCCUCAGUGGCUGAUGCAGUGCACUGUGAUAGACAUACUACGUGUGUUGUUUGUAAGCCUCCUCUCAAAGAUUGUCAGAAAAUGGUGUAUGUGGGUUGGUGUGCAUGUGUGUGUGCGUGUGUGUGUGUGUGUGUGUGUGUGUGUGUGUGUGUGUGUAACAAUGAGCUGAGGCUUUAUUACAGCUGGUUUCCAGUUAAAAUUGUGAAAUACUUAUUUCUUGUCCACACCAAAUAUUUCAGUCUAUUCAAUGUAUUAAACAAAUAAUUCUACUUAAGAAAAUGUUGCUUAAAUGUUCUGUGAUUUCUGGUGCAUUUUUAUACAGAUUUGUGUGUGUCUCUGUGCAUUCACUUUCUGCCUUUGCUCUCUGUGUUAACAGUCCUGUCGCCCUCGGAAGGUGGACACUAUUCCUAGCAUUAAAAAGAAACAUUUGAGUUACUUACCAUGUCA